AUGAACAAGGCACGUCAAGUACCCAAUAAGCAACUGGAGGAAUUGCAAGCUAAAUAUGAGGGUCAGGUUCAACAGUGCUCUGAUUUGAGCAACAGAUUUGAUGCUACCGAAAAAGACUUGAAACAAACCAGUGAAUUGUUGGCAAAUACGGAGAAUGAAUUGAGACAAUGCAAGUAUUCCCUCAAGGAACGGGACUUUAUCAUAUCUGAGCAGAAAAAAGCAGCAGAGCAUGAGUCUGAUGAAAAUGCAUUACGUGAAAAUCAUUACCAGCCACCUUAUACUGAACACCCCAUUGAUGAACCAUCAGUUGCCAGGAAUAACCAUGGUCUUACCCCUGAGACAAGUGAUGGUAAUAAUACUCAAGUUCUCACAUCUACCACCCCAAGAAGAAGCACCAGACAGAAAAAUGCCCCUUAG